GGCUACGGAGGGGCGGGUUCUGCGCUCGGUCGGAUAUACUUCGGUUCAGUCCUAUGAGAAAACAGCUGAGACGUCAGACAACUGCACAAUGCGAAUUGUCCCUGCGUCUAGAACAAUCUGAGAUAUUUCAACGAUGACCAUGGCUCUGGCGGACAGAGCUCUCGGGGCCAUCAUAGGAUCAGCUGUUGCGGAUGCAGCAGCCCAACCUCUCCACUGGGUGUAUGACUUGGACAAGCUAGAUGGCUUGCUGAGCGAGGCCCCUACACCCGAAUUCAGGCCAGAGUCGGCCAACCCGUUCUACCGCCGUGAGACGGGGAGUCAGAGUUGCUAUGGGGACCAGUCAUUCGUGCUGCUGGAGUCGCUGUCGGAAUGUGGAGGUCUGAACGUCGACGAUCUGAGGAAAAGGAUGUAUAAAGUCUUCGGGCCCCGGUCUGAGUACGACAUCCCCAUCAACGAUCCAUACAGGGACAGGAGCGCACCAAGACCUAACCUUCCCAUCGAGGGGCCGUGGAGACAUGCGAGUCUAAAAAGCUUCAUCAGAAACGUCGACGCGGGCAAGGAAGAAACGGGCUGCGAGACAGACAAUCAGCCGGACGGGAUAGCGAAGCUGGCUCCCAUCGUGGCCUGUUACGCCGGGAAACCCGACCUGCUGGAGAAGGUGGAGUACGCCGUCCGUGUCACCCAGAACAACGAUGCGUGUGUGGCCGAGACACUGGCAGCAGCCCGGAUACUGGAGCAUUUUAUUCUAAACGGUCCUGAUGACAAUGUUCUGGACGCUGUGCUCGAUCAGCUCACUGACCCGGACAGGAAGCAGCCCCAGGACCUGGACAAAGCCGUGGUUGGCCACAUCUAUCAAGUAAAGGAGCACCUGCCCAAGGCCCACCAGGACAUAAUUCCCAGCAUAUUUCCAAACAGCUGAGGUCUACCCGGCUCCUUCCAAGCAGCCCUGCACGGAGUCCUGACGGCCAAGGAGUUUGACCAGGCUGUCAGGGACACCAUGACCUGCGGGGGCUGCACCUGUAGUAGGAGCUCGUUCAUCGGGGCCUGUCUGGGAGCUCAGAUUGGGCUUCAAGGCAUCCCUAACUCAUGGAAGACCAAGACACUACGAUACCACUCGCUCCUGGAACAUGCCAAGAAAGUUACCCAGGGUCACCAGCAGGUGUAAACGACCUCCGACCGCUGUGUGCCCUGCAUUCUUCCAACAUCUCUAUUGUUUUCUGCGUCAGCAGUGUAAUGCACUACAAUACAACCACCCGAUUUCUGCUAUUUCUGUUAGGACACCUUUACUGACAGACGUGCUUUGACAGAACAUUUAAUGAAAGUUGCCAGUCUAAAAUAGUUCUGCUAAGGGCUUGGAACCGGAUACCAAUGGUUCUGUUAAAACAACACGUCGUAUGAAGGUGUGUCUGCUGGUUAUAUCCAAUGAAGGCAGUCCUGUAAUAAAGUCGUCCUGAUUAGCGCUCUGAGACCUU